AUGGCGGCUCUUGGAGCGCCCAGGUGGCGGUGUCUGUGGCGCCGCGCGGCAGCUCCCCUCGGGCUGCAGCGCCCAGGGCGAGCCCUGUUGGGGAGCCGUGGGUACGGCCAGGACGCGGGCUCGGAGGCCGACAAAAAAAAGUCAGAUGUCACAAAGCCUUGUUUUAUGGAUGAACUGGUUCAGAGUUUACUCUCUAAGAUGACAGGGUUGGAUUUACAGAAGGUUUUUAGUCCCAUUAAACAGGAGCUUAAGCCACCCACUUACAAGUUAAUGACAGAAAAACAACUAGCAGAGGCCACAAGAAAAGCCAUUGAGGAAGCUAAAGAACUAUUAAAAAUGCCCCCCGUUCUGAGUGAGCGAGAGCCAAUUGAUGAUGUGUUAGCAGAAGACAGGAUCCUGGAAGGAACUGAAACUGUCAAAUACGUGUUUACAGAUAUAACUUACAGCACUCCACACCGUGAGCGUUUCAUUGUAGUUAGAGAAACAAGUGGUGUGUUACGUAAGGCCACCUGGGAAGAACGGGACAGGAUGAUUCAGGUGUAUUUCCCGAGAGAGGGACGUAAACUUGUUCCACCACCAAUAUUCAAGGAUGAAAACCUUAUGACUGUGUUUCGUGAGGACCGUCAUGAAGAUGUACUUAACCUGUGUAUUGCACAGUUUGAGCCAGAUUCAGCUAACUAUAUCAGAGUUCAUCAUCAGACAUAUGAGGACAUUGAUAAACAUGCCAAAUAUCAUCUUCUACGUUCAACAAGACACUUUGGAGGAAUGGUGUGGUAUCUGGUAAAUAGGAAGAAGACAGAUGGCUUAUUAAUCGAUAUGAUCCAGAGAAAUUUAAUGGAUGAUGCUACAUGUUUAAUCAACCUCUAUCAUAUGCUCCAUCCUGACUGUGAAUCAGCAAAAGAACAGGAAGCUUAUGGAGUAGAUUUAAUCAAGGUGUUCAUGAAAACAGAAUCAAAGAAGGUAGGAUAUAUAGAGUUGGCUCUUCAGGCUUAUCAAGAAGCACUGGCUAAUUCAGCAGCUUUGUGAAAUAAAAAGAGCUUAUUUAAUAAGUGUUAACAUUCAAGCAUUCCAUCAUGUUAACAUGUGAGAAGUACAAAAUGUUGCUAAUGCUGUAUAAAACUCUAAAAUAAACAAGUGACUGAGGUA